UUUUAGUCUGCACACAAAGGGCAAACCGCCUGCAUGUCAACACGGACUUCUGGGUGAAACUUUUCCACGGGAGUCCUCCGGUUUGCUUGUUGUCCAGAAAAGCUGAAAAGACUCGCGCAGCCCAGCUAGGAGACGCCAAAUUGUCGUGGAAAUUAGACAACGCUCGCAGACUCGUCCGCUGAAGUGAGCAAGCCGGAGGCGAUGGUGGCAAGAGAAAACUCCCUAAGAUGAUAUGAGGAAGAAACCUUGAGAGGAACCAGACUCAGAAGGGAACCCAUCCUCAUCUGGGAGACCUGAGUGCAAAACUGCAUGUGAUAACUGCAGUCCAAGCGGUACCAUCCUAAGCAAUCUCCAGGCUGUAGCCUCCAGUUGCUGAGAGCUCCAUCCAGAGUUCAGCAGGACGAGUGGACUCGCAGCUAUUGUUCCUGAUAAUCCGGAGACACGCGAUGCCGGAUCCACAGCCUAAGUAGUGCUGAGUGCAGAGAGCUGGGAGCUGAACGAUGGGGAAUAUAGCGACCAAGUUUCGAAAGGCUCUGAUUAACGGAGAUGAGGUGCUCGCCUACCAGCUGUACGAGGGCAACCCGCAGUUUAAAGAGUCACUGGACCCAAACACCUCAUAUGGGGAGCCUUAUCAACAUAACACCCCACUCCACUACGCUGCUAGGCAUGCAAUGACACGGAUACUCAGGUCCUUCCUCUUCAGCAAGGAUGGCAACCCCAACAAGCGCAACGUGCACAAUGAGACUGCGCUGCACGUGCUGUGCAUGGGCCCACACAUCUUGCUGGCAGAGGGGACGCUGCAGCCGCGCCUGGCACGGCCCUACGAGGAUGAGAGGCGUCGUUCUGACUGCCUCCAGAUGAUCCUCAAGUGGACCGGUGCCAAGCUGGACCGUGGCGAAUACGAGAAUGCUGACGUCAACGCCACUGACAACAAGAAAAACACGCCACUGCACUAUGCCGCCGCCUCAGGGAUGAAGACGUGUGUGGAGUUUCUCAUAAAGCGUGACGCAGACCUGUUUGCUGAGAACGACAAUAAGGAGACCCCAUGCGACUGUGCAGAGAAGCAGCAUCAUAAGGAGUUGGCACUAAGUCUGGAGUCUCAGAUGGUUUUCUCAACAGACCCCAAUGCUGAGGACAUCGAGGCUGAGUACGCUGCCCUUGACCGCAGGGAGUUUUACGAGGGCUUGCGGGUCCAAGACCUGAGGAGGCUGAAGGACAUGUUGAUAGUGGAGACCGCAGACAUGCUGCAGGCUCCUCUCUUCACUGCAGAGGCUCUCCUCAGGGCACAUGAUUGGGACAGAGAGAAGCUUCUAGAGGCGUGGAUGUCCAAUGCUGAGGACUGCUGUCAGCGCUCUGGGGUUCAGAUGCCCACUCCUCCACCCAAAGGCUACAAUGCCUGGGAUACACUACCCUCACCGCGAACGCCACGCACCACCCGCUCCUCAAUCACGUCACCUGACGAAAUUAGCCUCUCGCCCGCUGAUGACGACCGCUCCCUGUGUGGUAUAUGUAUGUGUGCUGCCUCCAUGUUCGAAGAGCCUGUUGAUAUCCCGUGUGGGCAUGAGUUCUGCAGGUCAUGCUGGGAAAGCUUUUUGAAUAUGAAGAUCCAGGAGGGAGAGGCUCAUAACAUAUUCUGCCCAGCCUAUGACUGCUUCCAGCUGGUUCCUGUGGAGGUUAUAGAAAGUGUUGUGUCCAGGGAGAUGGACAAGCGGUACCUUCAGUUUGACAUUAAGGCCUUUGUGGAGAACAACCCUGCCAUCCGGUGGUGCCCGCGGGCAGGCUGUGAGAGAGCGGUACGCUUAGCGAGGCAGGGGCCUGGUGCCAGCUCCUCUGACCCACUCAGCUUUUCUCUGCUCCAGGCCCCGGCUGUGGACUGCGGCAAAGGCCAUCUCUUCUGCUGGGAGUGCCAGGGGGAGGCUCAUGAACCCUGUGACUGCCAAACAUGGAAAAUGUGGCUGCAGAAGGUCACUGACAUGAAGCCAGAAGAACUGGCAGGUGUGAGUGAGGCGUAUGAAGAUGCUGCCAACUGUCUGUGGUUACUCACCAACUCCAAACCCUGUGCCAACUGCAAGUCUCCCAUUCAGAAGAAUGAAGGCUGCAACCACAUGCAGUGUGCCAAGUGUAAGUAUGAUUUUUGCUGGAUCUGUCUAGAGGAGUGGAAGAAGCACAGCUCUUCUACAGGAGGCUAUUACCGCUGCACUCGCUACGAGGUCAUUCAACAGGUGGAAGAGCAGUCUAAAGAAAUGACAGUGGAGGCUGAGAAGAAGCACAAGAGCUACCAGGAACUCGAUCGCUUUAUGCACUACUACACACGCUUCAAAAAUCAUGAGCACAGCUACCAGCUGGAAGAGCGUCUCCUCAAAACGGCCAAAGACAAGAUGGAGCAGCUGAGCAAAGUCCUGAGUGGAAGGGAAGGAGGUGCUCCAGACACUACUUUCAUUGAAGAUGCAGUCCAUGAACUUCUUAAGACUCGCCGUAUCCUCAAGUGCUCUUACCCUUAUGGUUUCUUUCUGGAGCCCAAAAGCACCAAGAAAGAGAUCUUUGAACUUAUGCAGACUGAUCUGGAGAUGGUAACGGAGGAUCUUGCCCAGAAAGUGAACAGGCCCUACCUCCGUACCCCUCGCCAUAAGAUAAUCCGUGCAGCCUGCCUGGUGCAACAGAAGAGGCAGGAGUUCCUCGCCUCUGUGGCUCGAGGCGUGGCACCCAACGACUCCCCGGAAGCCCCACGACGCAGUUUUGCUGGGGGCACAUGGGACUGGGAGUACCUGGGUUUCGCAUCUCCAGAGAUCCAGGGGAAUCAGGCAAUUCUCAGAGGAAUUGAUCCGAGAGUCCACAUUCAAAAUGCAGGAGGCCAGCGGCAGGAGUAUGCAGAGUUCCAGUACAGACGCAGACACAGACAGCGCAGGCGUGGAGACAUGUCUAGCCUUCGCAGCAACACCCCAGACUCUGAUGAGCCCAACCCCAGCAAUUUAGAUACAGAUCAAGUUGGUGGUAGUCAGAGGCAAGGAUUACCUAUGCCCCAUAGCUCCUUGGAUGAAGAUGAUCCUAACAUCCUGCUGGCCAUCCAGCUCUCUCUACAGGAGUCUGGGAUGGCCAUGAGUGAUGGAGGUGCUGUAGACACACAGGAGCUGCUGGCUCACGAAGCAUCUCUGGGGGCCAUCGGCACUUCUCUGCCCUCCAGACUGGACCCAUUGCUCCAUGGUGUCGAUGUUCCUCGUGCUGCACUGAGCAGUUCUGAGCUCCUGGAGCUUGGAGACAGUCUAAAGAAGCUGGGUAACAUGAGUGGCCAGAACGUCCCGCAACGCUUUAACAUUGUUGGCAAUCCCAGCUCCGAGCCCACCGGAAGCCCUUUUCCACUUCCCUCCGGACAUGCGGACUCUGCUGAAUUAGACUCCGCUGACAGUGCUAAUCUCCUGGGCAACAUCAUGGCCUGGUUCCAUGACAUGAACCCUCAGAACAUCAGUCUGGUUCCUUCAGCCACUUCUUCAGAUCCAGAGUUUGGCGCUCAGCUCGGCUCCGAGCAGACGAUGGAAAAGCCCUUCCAGCAGUGUACAGAGGGCGAGCAAGAGGAUUGUGAGUACAGCAGCACGCAAGAGAGGGAGCCUGUCAGACCCACUCAGCUGGACCUGGUGAGUGUAGACGUGCCGUCUGCAAUCGCUCUUGUGCCCCAGAUGAGUGAAACCGUUGGCACCUCUCAGGCGAGCCACCACGGCGACACCCUGAAAUGUGACUCGGACCCUGAACAGCCAAGCAGCAGCUCUUCUGAGUGGGAGAGUCAAGUGCAUCUUGUAUGAAAUCACGCCUCCUCUUCCUCCUCCGUAACCACUUUUGAUGUGAAUAAACUGACGAAGACAUCAAUCGUGAGAAGGGAUUCAUUCGUAUACUGAUAUGAUUAGAAAUCGGCUGAAACCCUAUUUUAAGAAGCCUGAAAUUGUCUUGAAACUUGUCUGGUGUCUCUUGCUGCAGGCCUGUGUGUUUUUGUGCUUUGAGGACAUGAUGUGUAAUUUUCUAAUUAGAACAGACAGUGUUUCACAGUCUUGAAGAGGUGAACAAUUAUGAAAAGUCGAACCAGAAACCGCCAACAGAACAAAAUAUGCCUGUCUGGUCUCUGGCAGGGAAUAAUUAGGGUAGUGAGCUUCAUUAUAGAACUGUCUGAUAUCUUUCACAGGAAAAAAAGGUCAACUAUAUGGACCAGGACUGUUUCAGUCUGACAGAGUGGUUCACGUGAAUGUUCUGUGCAACCUGAGCAGGUUCUUUUUUUUUUUUUUUUUCUUUCUUUUUUUUCUUUCUUUUCUUUCUUCCCCUUCUCUUGAAAGACCUGCCAUCUUAGUGAUAGGUGUUACUGUAGGUGCCAUAAACACUGGUCAGCACAUUCAAAGUUCACACACACAGUGAGUGGACAGUAUGUUGACUGUGCCUGCUGCUGAGGGCUAAAAGAGCCCCUUUUUAAACACAACCCUUCCUUUAAACCCAGUGUAUAGUAUUGGAGAAAUUAACUCUAGCAGCGUCCUUUGGAGAGCUGGGCUAUUCUGAGAUGUUGAUCAUGGUGAAGGAAAGCAUGGUUGUUCCAGUC